AUGUGGAAAGCGGCCACAGAUAUAGUGGCACCCACACCUGCCGAGGCUGACGAUUGGGAAACAGAUCCCGAUUUUGUGAAUGAUGUUACCGAGCAGGAGCAACGCUGGGGGCCGGGGGGACGACAUGUUGAAGCUAUUGAUAUGGCUAAACUUAGGGAGGAAGUUUUGGAAGCAGAUAAGCAAAUAAAACAAAAGCAGUAUGAGGAAGGACCAAAACCUUCAUAUGGUUAUGGAGGUAAAUUUGGUGUCCAACAAGAUAGGAUGGACAAAUCAGCGGUAGGUCAUGAUUACAUCGGCAAAACAGAGAAGCAUGUGUCACAAAAAGAUUACGCACAAGGUUUCGGCGGUAAGUUCGGCGUUCAAACUGACCGUAUGGACGCCAGCGCUGUGGGUCACGACUAUGUUGGCGUUGUGUCCAAACACGCUUCACAAACUGACCAUAGUAGAGGAUUCGGAGGGAAAUUCGGCGUACAGACUGAUAGAGUUGAUAAGAGCGCCGCUGGUUGGGAACACAAGGAGCAGAUAGAGAAGCAUCCAUCACAGAAGGACUACUCGGUGGGCUUCGGUGGGAAGUUCGGUGUACAGGUCGACAGACAAGACGCUAGCGCCGCGGACUGGGGACACAAGGAACCCACGGCGGCACAUGAGUCGCAGACUGAUUACUCCCGUGGUUUCGGUGGUAAGUUCGGUGUGCAGACGGACAGACAGGACGCGUCCGCAGUGGGCUGGGACCACCAGGAGAAGACGGAGGCUCACGCUAGUCAAGUGGACCAUAAGAAGGGUUUCGGCGGUAAAUUCGGUGUUCAAACCGAUAGAGUGGAUAAAUGUGCUCAAGGUUUCGACUCUGUUGAGAAAUCAGGCGGAUAUAGUAGACCUCGACCGGACAUAGGUGGCGCUAAACCUAGUUCUAUACGCGCCAAGUUUGAAAAUAUGGCCAAGGAAAAAGAACAGGAAGCUCUACAAUCCGUUCAGAAAUUAAGGCAGGAGAGGCAACAGCUCGAUCGUAGUUUGUCAGAAAAAGAAAAACAACGUCUGGAAAAAGAAAAGGAACAAAAUAAAGAAGAAACGGUCACGAACGUGUUUAAGAAGAAUGAAGAUAAUAUAGUAGGGACUGGACAAGACUUACAAGAAGUAAAGCAAGAAAUGAAGCAAGAAAUUAAGCAAGAAGUGAAGCAAGAAAUUACACAAGAGACUGUUCACGAGAGAGAAGUGAAGCAGACUAACCUACCGGAUGUGACGUUAGUAGGAGAUAAUAUAGAAAAUGAGAAAGAAGAGCAUCCUCGCCAGCCGACCAUAGUGGUGUCUCCCGUCGGCUGGGAGGGUGAAGGCGAGGCUUGUGAAACGGAUGCUGAUGAUGAAGACGGAUACACGGCCCGAGCCUUGUAUGACUAUCAGGCGGCCGCGCCCGAUGAGAUCUCAUUCGACCCUGAUGAUCUCAUCACCAACAUCGUGAUGAUCGACGAAGGCUGGUGGCAGGGUCUAUGUAAGGGCGCUUACGGUCUAUUCCCAGCCAACUACGUGCAACUGCAAGACAAAUAA